CCACUGUAAAUUUUUCAGAAGCACAGCGCCGACGUUUCUAAUUUUUCGGGCCAACUCAUCGGUUCUUUGACACAGAAUAAUAUGUUUGUUUUUACAUCGAGAAGUAAUGAUUUCUGACUAACUACUAAUUAAUUAAUAAAUAAAGGAGAACAAUUAAAAAUGGAGGUCCAAUAUCUCUUUCUUUUACUAUGUGUUUUUUGGAACGGUUGCAAUGCUAUUAUGUGGAGUUUAGCACCAAACACACAAAAGUGUUUAAAAGAAGAACUACACGCUAAUGUGCUUGUAGCUGGUGAAUAUGAGGUUACCGAAGCUGCUGGGCAACGAAUUGAUUACAUUGUCCGUGACUCAAAAGGUCACAUACUUGCUCAGAAAGAUGGCAUCACCAAGGGAAAAUUCACUUUUGUAACAGAGACAUAUGAUACAUUUGAAGUCUGUUUCAUUUCAAAAGUGCCUCAAGAACGUCGCGGUGUUGCCCAAGAAGUGACAUUGGACAUCAAAGUUGGCAUUGAAGCAAAGAACUAUGAAGGCAUCGGGGAGGCGGCAAAAUUAAAACCGAUGGAGCUCGAGUUGAAGAGAUUAGAAGAUUUAUCAGAAGCUAUUGUACAGGACUUCACCCUUAUGAGGAAGAGGGAGGAAGAAAUGAGAGAUACUAAUGAGUCUACAAACAAUCGUGUGCUAUUUUUCAGUAUAUUUUCAAUGGUGUGCCUCUUAGGUUUGGCCACAUGGCAAGUGUUGUAUCUACGUAGAUACUUCAAAGCCAAAAAACUUAUUGAAUAAACUUUUUAUAUAUUUAUUAAUAGAUAUAAUCACACUGAGUGUAUCAUGUUAUACUGGUUGUUGUUUAUGUUAAAGGCGCAAGCUUUUUAACUGUCAAGAUUACCUCAACACACUCAAUUCUCAGGUUCUAUACAUAUUUUGCCAUUUUGUAAUAAAACUCGUAGCAUCUUUUAUCAUUCACAGUAUGAAUUUUUAACAAUUUCAACAUGAAAUAGUUGAAGCUCAGUGUGAUUAUAUCGUUGCUUGGAUCUCGUGGCGCAGUCACGGUUUUUUUUUAUUAAAUAAAACGAUUUCCUUUACUUAACAAAUUUAUUUAAAUAUGUUUGUUGUAUGUAUAUGAUUGAUAUCUUGUCGCUAAGGAUGUAAAGAGAUUUAUUAAA